UCUUUACACGCUUGGUGGAGUGGGAGGCACCGGGGCCGACCCGGGCAGACCGGGGCGUCCCUUCCCCGGGCCCACCGUCCGGUGGAGAAGGAGCACAGAAUGAGAUCAACAGAUCCGUAGAAUUCUAGCUACAGAGGAACAAGUUAGAGGCCGCUGGGUUUUGUUUGACACAGGGUCUCCCCAUGUGUAGAAUUCUCGAUCCUCGUGUCUCCGCCUUCGGAGGAGCUGGGGUCACUGGCUGGCCCUCUCGUAGCCUUCUGUGAUAUUUUGAAUAUUUAUUUUAAUGAGAAAAUCUUGACUUAGGACAGGGAAGCCUCUUUUUUUUUUUUUUAAUGAACUGACUGAGACGCGAUCUAAGAUCUGUUACACAGAAGGGAGGGAAACCUUCGAAGCAGCUAGAAUAAUCACCGAAGGCGGCUUUGCCUCGGGGAGGCCUGACUAGUGCUGUACCACUGCGCUACAACCCCAGCUCCUCAAAAACAGGGACCUCUCUAUCACUACAGAUGCUCGGCACUCAGUAAGCGACUGUUGAAUAAGAACGUGUCCAUCUUUAAUUCCGAGUGCUCAUCACGACACAGUAAUGAAUGAUUUGCAGCUGGACCCCGGCCCAGACCAGGAAGGCAACCUGCAUCAUGUGGUUACUAAUUGCUCUUCAUUUACCUAUUGAUGCCUCCCAAAAAGAGACUCCAAAGACAGUCCCGCAAAGCCCAGCUGCUAUUCCACCAACCGCCACUGGAGGGCGCCAAACACCAUUAUGACUCUCUCCAGCAGCCCAUUACCCACACUGUCCAGGUGCCCAGCAAGCCCAUAGAUCAGGGCACCAUCACAUCCUGGGUAUUACCUCAGUUUGAUACAAAAGCCGAAAGCCAGUUUCCAGCACACCGGAAACAUCGUCCCCGAGACCAGGCAAGGCACUUAACUCGGAGAUCUACCUGUAAGUUCCCGCGUCUAACCUUUGAGAGUCCACCAUCUUCCAGUUCAGAGACAUUGUUGCUAUCCUUGAACAGAGAAGAGCCCUGUCAAGCAGAAAAGGACACCCCCAGAAGGCCUUUAGUGCCACUGCUCAGUCCCCAGAGCUGUGGGGACCUGUCAGUGCAUGCACUUCAAAGCUUAGCUCAUGUGUUCAUGCCCCCUGAUAUCCAGACCCCGGGAUCAUCUGUGAGAGAAGAUCCCGUUUCCCCCGAUCAGAAGGAAAACAGCCUUGCAGGAUGCAUCCUUGGCCCUACAACUCCCAGCAGCCCAGAGCCGGGCCCUGUUCUGGUCAAGGACACCCCUGAGGAGAAGUAUGGGAUAAAGGUCACAUGGAGACGCAGAAGGCACCUGUUUGCUUACCUCAAGGAGAAAGGGAAGCUGGACAAGAGCCAGUUCCUUGUGAAGAUCUGACUGGAUGUCACAGACUUCAGUUCAUCUCAAAGCUGCUCAUGGUCGCCGUCGUCUCUAAAGUCUCUUCUCUGGCUUGAGAAUGACAUGGAGUGGACACCAAUAGGAGGAAGACUUAGCUGGAGGCCUGGAGUUGGAAGUCGGUUUCUAGAUUUGCUUUUUAAGCCACCUCAUAUCGGGAAGAGUUGAAUUUAGUGUCUUGAACUGUUGGUAUUUUACUCAUAGUAACUGUUUAACCUCUGAAGUAUCUUGUACUGUUUACAAUGUUUGUAAAUAAAUGGCUGCCCCGAGUUUUUA